CUCGGGCACGUUUGCCUCGGGGACUGGAUGUAGGCAUUAGGCCGAACCAGGAUACAUCGUGUGUUCCUCCUUCUCUUCAUCUUUGUGUUCUUGUGGUUGAUAUACUCCUGCAAAUUUUUGUUCUUCCAAAAGUUUUGUUUUUUUUGAAGAACACCUCUAUUCACCCCCCCUCUAGAGGUGCGUAAGUUGUUCAACAAUUGGUAUCGGAGCGUGGCUGCAUUUCCAAAGCUUCACCGCCAGAAAUCUAGAUCAUGGCCGGAAGAACAUUCCAAGCCGGUGUAUCCGAAGGACAAUCUACUACACGUCCUCCAUUCUUUGAUGGUACAAAUUAUGCAUAUUGGAAGGAAAGAAUGAGGAUAUUCAUACAAUCAAAUGACUUCGACUCAUGGAUGGUAAUCAAGCAUGGAAACACUACCCUUGCAAAUAUUGUUGAUGGAAUUCGUGUUCCCAAGUUGGAAUCCGAAUAUGAUGAUCAAGACAAGAAGAACGUCAUUCAAAAUGCCAAAGCCAUCAACAAUCUUUAUUGUGUUGUGAACCCUGAUUAUUAUAGGAAGAUAUCAAGAUGCAAAUCCGCCAAUGAGAUAUGGACUAAACUCAAAGUCACUUAUGAAGGUACAUCUCAAGUUAAAGAUGCUAAAGUUGACAUCUUAUUGCAUGAAUACGAAUUAUUCUCAAUGAAGAAGAAUGAAAGCAUUGAUAGUUAUUUUGAGAGAUUCUCUACAAUCAUCAACAAUCUUGACACGCUCGGAAAGUAUUACACCGAUCAUGAGCUUGUCCGGAAAAUUCUGCGUUGUAUGACUCCUGAGUGGAAAUCCGAGGUGAACGCCAUAACUGAAGGAAGAGACUACAAUGUCUUAACUUAUGAUACUCUUCGUGGGAAACUACUCACAUAUAAAACUACUACUCCUCAUCUACGCGGUGAAGACAAAACGAGGAAAUCUAUAGCAUUGAAAGCCACCAAGGAAGUUGUAGAGGAAAAUGAAAAAGAUGAUGAUGAAUCACUUAAUUUAGAAGAUAAUCCCGAACUUGCUCUUGUCAUCAAACGCUUCAACAACUUUAUCAAGAAAAGCUUCAAGCCAAGGAGAGACAAUGGCAAGAAAGCUACACCACCUAAAUGCUAUGAAUGUGGAGAGAUAGGGCACAUCAAGCCUUAUUGUCCUAAGUUGAAGCAAGGGAAGGACAAAAAGUUCAAGAAGAAGCAAAAAGCAUACAUCUCAUGGGAGAGUGAUCAUUCAUCUUCUGAAACAAGUGAUGAGGACGAAGAAACAGCAAAUCUUUGUCUAAUGGCUACCAGAAAGAGACUAAAAUUGCCAAACCUCUCUCUCUCACUCGGAAACUCAUUGAACCCUAGUCGCAGGCUCUUCAUCAUCGACGCAUCUCCUUCCCUCGUCGCCAAGCUCUUCUUCCACAAUUGGUUCAUCCUCGUCGCUAAGAACCCUAGGCGCGGCUUCACCGACGACUCUCCAUACCUAGGCACCAAGCUUUUCUCCGACAAAUCCAUGGCGUCAAGGACGAAGAGGAAGACCAUUCGGCAACCUGAUUCUUCCUCUCUCCCUGGUUCUUCUUCUCAGCCACAAUCUACACCCGAAGUACCAAGGUUUGUCUACCCUCUUAAUCCUAGGGUUUAUUUUGAAGAUGAGGCCGAUUUCAAAACUUUCCUUGAACGAUUCAUUCCUAGGAAGAUUGUCACUCCUAGGUAUGUCGAUUUGGUGGAGUUUGAAAGAAACCAAGAUUUUGAAUUUGUUUUGUCCAAACUCCGCUCCUCGGGUCUCCUUAAUGUCGUCACCAUUAGAGAGACUCAAGUUCCUUUUGAUUAUAUUAAGGCUUUUUAUGCGUGUCUCAUCUUCAAACGUCGUUGUUCCCAAUUUGUUGUUACGGCUAAGUUUUGUGGAAAAGAGGUUGUUGUUACCAGUUCAGAGCUUAAUUCUGUGUUUGGGAUGUCCAAUUCUGGAGGUGAGAUUACCACAGUGAACAAUGAUCAGAAUCCAUGGUAUGAUUUUGAUGAGCGUAAAUGUUGGGAGGCUAUGGAUUUCACGCCCCAAUUCAAUUCAUCCAAACGUCCAAUGGUGAGCGGGAUGACACCACCUCAAAGAUUGCUGCAAUACAUCUGUUCUUAUAUCUUGCGAGGUCGGGUUGGAAAUCAUCCCCAAAUGUCCAAGGAUGACUCGAUGCUCAUCUAUGCAAUUCUCAAGCCGAUUCCCAUCAAUUGGGGCAAAUUCAUUUUGACCUACAUGAACUUUUGUCGUGCAAAGAAACAAGCCCUUCUAUAUCCUCUUCUCGUCACUCAUAUUUUGAAGCAAAAAGGUUUUGAGUUUACUACUGCUAAGAUGACUAAUGAUACUCCUUUUUGGCGAAUCCGAGUGGAAACCGUAACUCGUGCUCAGAAUGUUGAUGAUGACUCCAGUGGCGAUGAUGAUGAUGUUGUUGCUUCUACCCAGAAGCGUCCGAUUUCCUAUAGAGGCAGGGUCUCUCUGCCGAUGUUAUACACGCUAUGCAAGGACUCCAAACCUCCCUUGACAACUUGAAGAUUCAACAAGCUAUCCAUGGU